CUUCAAAAAUAUAUGGACAUCGACAGCUUGCAUGAAAUGGAAUAUAAUAAGGCUACUGAUAGCACCUUCAGGUUGUUUGCAGACCUUCGGCGUAACUUCGCCUCUCGUGAGACUUACAAAUAAGCUUAUACUCAUGACAUCUCCUUCAAUGACAAUUAAGCAGUUAAAGCAGAAGGUUGAGAUGGAGUUUGCAGAAAUAUUUCCAAGAGAAGAACCUUACUUCGUCGGAAAGAUUGAUGACACCAGUGGAUACACUCUACCAGCAGAUUCCUUAGUCGGGGAUCAUUUCAAACAAGGAGACAAUCUUGUUGUAUGGCCAAGGGCUGAUUAUGAGGACUUUCCUCACACCUACUCUAAAGAAAGUGCAAAUGAUCUGGUGCAUACUCUAAAGAACGUGCAUUACUCUUUGGUGUCAAAGAUAAGUGAUUCAUAUAUUCAGGAGUACACAGACAAAGUUGAGUUAUUGAACACUGUCCUUCCGUUAGGUCUUUCUGAAGAUAUCCCAACAAUUCAGAAUAUUUGAGUUAUUCUUAAUAAAAUAGUCUCUAAAGAUGUAAUAGAAAUCAUGGAUGAAGAAGAGAAUUCAAGUAUACUUGAACUCGCUGUCCUUGUAAUGCAAAAUUGGAUCAUGAAAAUCAUUGAGGAAGACAAAUUUAUCAUGAAUAAUGCUCUUAUGAUCCUAGAGAUGUUCAUAAAGUCAUGGAGCUUCUGAAGUAGUUUUAAAAAUAGACCAUGUGUUGAGAAAUUAGUAAAACUUUCAAAGGAACCCUUACUCCCAAGCUCAACUAAAACCCAGAUUAUAAGAAUCGCAUCUUCUCUGACAAGCUCUAUCUCUUUAGACUCUCUCAGAUAUUACACACUUGCAAAAUUUGAGAACUCAAAAGGAGGCUCUAAGGUCAGUAAGGAUUUGAAUUCUCUGCAUCGGACAAUCAAGGAUACCUAUCCUCUCUCUGGAAGGAACUCCACAUUUAGGAAAAGUAUGAAUAUCACUGAACAGAACCUCCUUACGCCCUAUCCUCAGAAGAAAUUUAUUGGGAGCUUAACCGAUACAGAGAGGGACUUCAAAAAAACACUAAAAACUUCGUACAGUAAAUAAAGAAAUUGAUGACAUUAGAAAGGAUGGAGAACGAAGAGUCUACUUCAAUAGGAUCCCUACUCCAAGACAAGCUAUUUCAAAGAUUUUAAGACAUGAUAUUGAAGACAUCAACAACAGGAAGUUAAGAGAGUUGGCUGAUAAAGAUUCCUUCUUUGCUAAUCCAUAUAAAGUUACCUAUUUUAAAGAUGCCUAUCCUCUACUAGAUAAAUUGCCACCUGUGAAAUUUCAUUAUUCUGGUGAACUCCUUGAAGAUUACUGACAAAUGCUUCAUCCUGAGAUAAACAACAGAGAUGUGAUGGGCUUUGCCAUACAUAAUGUUGAUAGAAUGCUCCCAAAUGCAAUGAAAGAUAUUAUGUCAGACCCGAAGAGAUUCUUAGCGGUCUUUAGACUCUUUGAAUACUAUAACUUCCCAAAAGACGUUAGGUCAGCUCAACUGAGAAUAAUGGAAUCAAUGUGCAAGAAAAUGAACCAAGAGAGAGCCCAAGAUGCCAUUAUGGAAGAUUGCUUGCUUAGGGUAGUUAGAGCUUAUAAAUUCCAUCACCCAAGCUUUAGGAAUACACUGGUUGAUUUCUUAUAUGCAGUUAUUGAUAAAGCAGGCAGUGAAAAUCUUGAUUUGCCAAAAUUAAUCAACCUCACUCUUUGUGAAUACCCAGCAGUUCAGGAAUGAGGAAUGAAAGCUAUCUGUAUGAUGAGCGUUCCAGAAGAGAUAGACAAAUUUGGACUCCGCUAUGAGAAAGACAGAAUUGACGUUGCUUUUCAUGUUCAUAUUCCAUAUCUUAUCGAUUGAGGGAAAUCUAUCACCCAUUCCACUGAUUUCAAGAACUAUGCACUGCAAGCCUUAGCUAAUCUUUGUCAGAGAGCAUAUCUAAAGCCAUAUGUGCUUUAUAAUGAUGGAAUAGGGUGAUUCCUUGAUGCAUUGAAGAAUGAACACAAUCUUGCAGGAAGAAGGAUAGCAGCCAAAGCGCUUGCACAACUUGUUGAAGGGGAUGAAAAGUUAAGAGUCAGAAUCAUCACGAGUUUGAGUGAAGAAGUUAAGCAAACAUGGAUGCAUGAAGUUGACUCUGUGAUCGGGGUUUAUAUUCGGAGGAUCCUGAGAAGUGAUACUUAGACA